CAUAAAGCCCAUUCUACAAUUGCAUAAGCGUAGUUGAUAAAUAAGGACAUCUAUUGUACAGCUGCAGCCUAAAUGCACAGUGUAAACGUAGCCAGUAUCACCCAGUAUCAUCCAGCUUGGCUGCCGGACCAAUAAGAAAGAAAAAGAAGAAGAAGAUGCCUCUUGUUGAAAAGCUCCCCAUGUCAAUCUCUUCCACCAUGGACACAAAUGCUACGGACACCUCCAAUGUUAUCGAAAACGAGAAAAAUCCGUAUGCUUAUCUCGAUAGAGAUCAUUUCACUUCUGAGAAGUACAAGAUUGAAGUGCGCGGUUUACCAAAACAUUAUGGAAUUAGUGAAUUUAAAAAGCUUCUGAACGACAAACUAGAUUUGCAAUCAUGCAAAGUAAAACCACCCAGGAAAGGCAGCAGUUGGUUGUAUGUCUGUUUCAGAAGUGAGGAAUGUCGUCAACGAGCGAUAACCUCCAUAAAUGGAUUUUUGUGGAAAAACAACAAACUUACCGCACAGGUGGCUAAACCAGCUCCAGAUCCUUUUGUGAAAAGAAAAUUGGAAGAAGAGUCUAACAACAAACGUUUGAAAACUGACACAGAGGAUCCAAAUUGUUCCCCUAUGGAUAGAAUCAAAUUUAUCACUACUCCUUUGUGGAACAUGCAAUAUCCAGACCAAUUAGAAUUCAAGCAGAAGGAGAUGAAAUCUAUCCUAAUAAAAAUUGGUCAGCAAAUGCUUACAGAAAGUAAAACGUUGACAGAAUGGAUAAAUUCCCAAAAAAAAAUGUAUGAUGGAUUGCCAUGCAAACUACAAAAUAUUCUUUCAGCGGAUGUUACUGAAGCAUAUAGAAAUAAAUGCGAAUUUACAGUUGGUAAAGACAGCAAACAGAGCAAAAUUAUAAUUGGUUUCAGACUGUCAACUUAUGCUUCAGGUUCUACAGCAGUUGGACCUAUCGAUGAUCUUUGUCACAUUCCAGAAAAUAUGAAAGUUGCUAUAAAGAUAUUGGAAACAUUUAUACGUGAAUCAAACUUAGAACCUUUUAAUCCAGUUGAUCAUAGUGGAUAUUGGAGGCAAGUUACUGCUCGAACCACUCGUGCCAAUCAUCUGAUGUUGAUAGUAGGAAUACAUCCUCAGAACCUAAGUAGCAAUGAAUUAGACAUGUUAAAAUCACAGCUAAAAAUAUUUUUCGAAACUGGAAAAGGUGUCGAUGCACAUGUCACUUCAUUGUACUUUCAAACAAUAGAUAAGAAAAGUAUAGGCGGUGAAAGUAGCGAUACCUUGUAUCAUAUUAGUGGAACAGAAUAUAUAGAGGAAACGUUACUCGGAAUGAAGUUCCGAGUUUCACCUCAAGCAUUUUUUCAAGUCAAUACAUUAGGAGCAGAAGUCCUAUAUAAGGCGGCAAUAGAGCUUGCUGAACCCACGAUGGAUACAGCGCUACUUGAUGUAUGUUGCGGUACUGGAACUAUAGGUCUCUGCUUUUCGAAGUAUUGCGGUGAAGUAUUAGGAGUGGAAAUUAUUCCUGACGCUAUACGAGAUGCUAAGGAAAACGCUGUCAAGAAUGAAAUUAAGAAUUGCGAAUUUUUUGUUGGGAAGGCAGAAGACAUUUUGUUGCCUGUUAUUCAGAGGACAACGAAAUCCAGUAUCAUUGCCAUUGUGGACCCUCCACGAGCUGGCUUGCGUAAGUUACAUAUACAAAUAAUAUUCAUACCUUUGAUAUAAGGAAAUAGUAUAACUUACCUGUAUAUUGUUUUUCUAGAUCAAAAGGCUCUAUUGACAUUGCGUAAGUCAAAAAAGUUGAAUAGACUGGUGUACAUAUCGUGUGAUCCCCGUGCUGCCAUGAGAAAUUUAAUUGACUUAGCACGACCUAGUUCCAAACAAUAUCUUGGUGAACCCUUGGUACCAGUAAAGGCUGUUGCGGUUGACAUGUUUCCUCAUACUAAGCAUUGCGAAUUAAUAUUGUGCCUUGAAAGGUUAUCAAAGGCGACAAAAUGAAAUGAAUGUACCAUUAAAAAAACAGUA